AUGGGUAAAACACACUCUCUUCAGAAACGCUACAACAAAAUGUAUAAAAGAAAGAUGGCUGCACCAGAACUUCCUGAUGAUGUCAAGAAAGCAAUCGAAUCUUACGGAUAUACAGUUGGAACUGCCACAAAUUUCAAAGAUUUUUACACAAGACUAGGUCUUUCAUCAAAUCCAAAUGAUACAGCACAGAUUGGUUUUACAGAUAAACUCGGAAAUCUUAAGCGCGAAAAAGCAUUAGAAAAAUUAAAAGAAAAACAGCCAGAAGAAGUCGUAGUAAACUUACCAGAAGUUAUGGAUAAGAUUCCAGAUAAAGAUCCUUUAGUCAGACAUCUUGGUGAAAACGAUUUUAAGAUUAUGGCACAAUUAAAGACAAGAUACGGUAAUGAUUUUGAAAUGAUGGCUAUGGAUCGUAGACGCAACCCAUGGCAACUUAAUGUUAAUCAAUUAAAGAAGAAAAUGGCAAUGUAUGACAGAGAAGUUGAAGAAAUUAGCAAAAUGCAAUUUGAUCAACCAAAGAAUGAAGAAGAGGCUGAAAAGGCUGAAGAAUAA